CCGAGCGUGCGUAAGCGCACACAGUUCCUUCCGCUCGGCGCCUCCGUUGACUGGCGACAGGCACAGCGCCGGCGCCCGGGCUCGGUUGGCCUCUAAGAAGAUCCGGAGGAGCCACGGAAUCUGUCGCUAUAAUGUUGUCAAGACUUUUCCGAAUGCAUGGCCUCUUUGUGGCCUCCCAUCCCUGGGAAGUCAUAGUGGGGACAGUGACACUGACCAUCUGUAUGAUGUCCAUGAACAUGUUCACUGGUAACGACAAGAUCUGUGGCUGGAAUUAUGAGUGUCCAAAAUUUGAAGAGGAUGUUUUGAGCAGUGACAUUAUAAUUCUAACAAUAACACGAUGCAUAGCGAUCCUGUAUAUUUAUUUCCAGUUCCAGAAUUUACGUCAACUUGGAUCAAAAUAUAUUUUGGGUAUUGCUGGCCUGUUCACGAUUUUCUCAAGUUUUGUGUUCAGUACAGUUGUCAUUCACUUCUUAGAUAAAGAAUUGACAGGCUUGAAUGAAGCUUUGCCGUUUUUCCUACUUUUGAUUGACCUUUCCAGAGCGAGUGCAUUAGCAAAGUUUGCCCUGAGUUCUAAUUCACAGGAUGAAGUAAGGGAAAAUAUUGCUCGUGGAAUGGCAAUUUUAGGUCCCACGUUUACCCUUGAUGCUCUUGUUGAAUGUCUUGUAAUUGGAGUUGGCACCAUGUCAGGUGUGCGUCAACUUGAAAUUAUGUGCUGCUUUGGCUGUAUGUCAGUUCUUGCCAACUACUUCGUGUUCAUGACUUUUUUCCCAGCUUGUGUGUCCUUGGUAUUAGAGCUUUCUCGGGAAAGCCGGGAGGGCCGUCCGAUUUGGCAACUCAGUCAUUUUGCCCGAGUUUUAGAAGAAGAAGAAAAUAAACCAAAUCCUGUAACCCAGAGGGUCAAGAUGAUUAUGUCUUUAGGAUUGGUUCUUGUGCAUGCUCAUAGUCGCUGGAUAGCUGAUCCUUCUCCUCAAAAUAGUACAACAGAGCACUCUACAGUUUCUUUGGGUCUGGAUGAGGCUGUGUCUAAGAGAAUUGAACCAAGUGUUUCCCUUUGGCAGUUUUAUCUCUCGAAGAUGGUCAGCAUGGAUAUUGAACAAGUUAUUACCUUGAGUUUAGCUCUUCUUCUGGCUGUCAAAUACAUUUUCUUUGAACAAGCAGAGACAGAAUCUACACUCUCAUUAAAAAACCCUAUCACAUCUCCAGUGAUGAACCAAAAGAAAGCUCAGGACAACUGUUGUAGACGUGAGCCUUUGCUGGUCAGAAGUAACCAGAAACUCCCAUCAAUGGAGGAUGAGACAGGGAUAAACCAAGACCGGAAAGGUGAAGUUAUAAAACCAUUAGUGGCAGAAACUGAAACCUCAAACAGAGCUACAUUUGUGCUUGGUGGCUCAUCGUUACCCAAUAUAUCAGUACUGGAAUCACAGGAGCCUGAACUUGACAUUCCCACUGAGCCUCGGCCCAAUGAAGAAUGUCUACAGAUACUUGGGAAUGCUGAGAAAGGUGCAAAGUUCCUUAGUGAUGCAGAGAUCAUCCAGUUGGUUAAUGCCAAGCAUAUCCCAGCUUACAAAUUGGAAACUCUGAUGGAAACACAUGAACGUGGUGUGUCUAUUCGCCGGCAGUUACUUUCCAAAAAACUUCCAGAGCCUUCUUCUUUGCAGUACCUACCUUACAGAGAUUAUAAUUACUCAUUGGUAAUGGGAGCUUGCUGUGAGAAUGUUAUUGGAUAUAUGCCCAUCCCUGUUGGAGUGGCAGGACCUUUGUGCUUGGAUGGAAAAGAAUAUCAGGUUCCAAUGGCAACCACAGAAGGUUGUCUUGUGGCCAGCACUAAUAGAGGCUGCAGAGCAAUAGGUCUUGGUGGAGGUGCCAGUAGCCGAGUUCUGGCUGAUGGGAUGACUCGUGGCCCAGUUGUGCGUCUUCCCCGCGCUUGUGACUCUGCAGAAGUGAAAGCCUGGCUGGAAACACCGGAAGGGUUCGCAAUGAUAAAGGAGGCCUUUGAUAGCACCAGCAGAUUUGCACGCCUGCAGAAACUUCAUGUAACUAUGGCUGGACGCAACCUUUAUAUCCGGUUCCAGUCCAUGACAGGGGAUGCCAUGGGAAUGAACAUGAUUUCAAAGGGAACAGAGAAAGCACUUUCAAAACUUCAAGAAUAUUUCCCUGAGAUGCAGAUUCUAGCAGUUAGUGGUAAUUACUGUACUGACAAGAAACCUGCUGCCAUCAAUUGGAUCGAAGGAAGAGGAAAGACUGUUGUUUGUGAAGCUAUCAUUCCAGCCAAGGUUGUUAGAGAGGUAUUGAAGACCACUACGGAAGCUCUGGUUGACGUAAACAUUAACAAGAAUCUGGUGGGCUCUGCCAUGGCUGGAAGCAUAGGAGGUUACAAUGCUCAUGCAGCAAACAUUGUCACAGCUAUCUACAUUGCGUGUGGACAGGAUGCAGCACAGAAUGUGGGUAGCUCCAACUGUAUUACUUUAAUGGAAACAAGUGGUCCCACUAAUGAAGACUUGUACAUCAGCUGCACCAUGCCAUCUAUAGAAAUAGGAACUGUUGGGGGUGGGACCAACCUUCUACCUCAGCAAGCCUGUCUGCAGAUGCUAGGUGUUCAAGGAGCAUGCAAAGACAAUCCUGGGGAAAAUGCCCGACAGCUUGCCCGAAUUGUGUGUGGUACAGUAAUGGCUGGGGAGUUGUCACUGAUGGCAGCAUUGGCAGCAGGACAUCUUGUCCAGAGUCACAUGAUUCACAACAGAUCAAAGAUAAAUUUACAAGACCUCCAAGGAACUUGCACCAAGAAAGCAGCUUGACAGCCUGACAUUCUGAACUGAACCUCGGGGCAUUGCAUUCUCAAGGACUAACAUGAAAUCUGUGAAUUAAAGCUCUCAAUGUAAUGUCUUGCAGAGGAUGAGUAGAUGUGACCAGUGAGGUGACUGCUGGGUUUCUGGCUCUUUCUAGAGGACUGGGGUCCUUCCCAUAUAGACUUCUCAGAUCUGGAAACAGUUUAGUGUGUUCUUUGAAGAGAUCUCAUAUGGAUAUCAUGCUUUAAAGCACCACAGAUGGUAACCUACAGCUCAUUUCUGAAAGUCACUACAAGCUGGACAAAAGUGUUUGAUGAAAUGAUGAAGUUCGCAGUGAUCAGUGUGAGACCAACCUUCCCUCACCCUGGAUGGGUUAAAAAUAGUUUUAAAUUAUAUUGUGGCAGAGAGAACAUCUGAUUUUAUAUUUAAUUUAUUUAGUCUGAAUUGUAGAACUUUGCAAUAUAAGAACUAAGUUUAUUUUUUGUAAACUAAUAAUUCAUUUGGUGCUGGUCAAUUUUGAUUUGGGUGGAUAACAGCAUUAUUCUUUAGGAGGGGGACCUGCUUCAAGGGAAGAAUUACUUUUAUUCUCAAACUACAGAAUAAUGUGCUAAGCAGUGCUGACAAGUUCUUGAUCAAGAAAACAAAUCACUGCAUUUAUGUGUCUCUGUAGGCUGUGUGCUCAGCUAGUUCCUUGUCUGAGUGGUCCUGUGGGGUAGCAUGUUUCAGUACUGGGUUUUGAACAGUGGGAUUAUGCUUUUGAUAAAGAUACCAGAGCUCUUAAUGUUACUUAGACAAGGGUGACUGUCAAGUCCAAGCCAGUCUGUGACCUCUCAGAGAACUUAGAGUGUGGUAACAGUUUUGAUAGAAAACUACCAUUUCUCUAAGACAACUUCAAUUUCAUUUUAACUUAUUUAGCCGAAGAGUCUUGAUGUUUUUGUAAACAGCUAUGGAAUCUGUAUAUGUUGUAAUGAAACGUCUCAUACUAGUUUGUUGAAAGUGUUUAAGAAAUAAAGAAAAUUCAACUUGUACACUGAUAAAAGUACUCCAGCUUGAGCCAGAGAAGGCGGCAAUUUUUAAUGUCCAGGAAACGCUGGCUUGUUUGUCUAUCCUAGUGAAGGUAAAGUCAGCUAGCAGAGCUAAUGAUGGAGCCACGUGAAUGGCCCUGGAGCUGUGUGCCUUGUUCCUGUGGUCAGGAGGUUGGUGACUGAAUUGUUCACACAGGACUCUUUGAUGGACUUAUAAAAGCUCUUGAGCUUCCUCAGGGGGUCAGCAGAGUUGUUGAAUCUUAACUUUUUUUAAAUGUACAAGUUUUGUAUAAUAAAAAAGAGCUCCUUAUUUUGUAUUCCAUCUAAUGCUUCAAGGGUUGGUCCUGGAAAGCUGAUUUCUCCUAGAGAAGAUGGACUCUGGAAAACAUUCCAAGAAUGCCGUGGCAGCAUGGAGAGCCUCUUAAGAGAUUGUGUCUGCAGUAUUAUUGUGGAAGAUUGACCUUUUUGUUGAAUGUAAAGUUUAAAUUGCUCCUGUUGUGACUUUUCAGCCAGUAAUGUUUUAUUUACCUGAGCUUUUCAUGGAGGUGGCACUGAAAAGUAUAUUGUUUGUUCUGGUGACUGUAACAAACAUCUUGCUAAAUUAAUGUUUUGUACAAUUACUAAAUUGUAUACAUUUUGUUAUAGAGUACUUUUCCAGCUCCAGUAAAUUAUGAAAAGGAAGUUAA